UGGUGUUGGGAUCUAACACUGUCAAAGACCUCUUCUCUCUCUCACCAUCGUGGCCUCUUCUCUUCCGCUAUCAUUAAACCUCUCCCCGAUUUUCAUGGCUUUGCCGCCACCAUCCCCUCUCUCCACACCACCUCUCUAGACCUCCAUUUCUUCACCUCCGCUCCUGCUAAUCUCGCCGAUUACAAUCCCAAUCUAUAUAUGGACAUGAGAAGAUCCGCCCUCCAGAAAUCCGCCACCAACACCGCCGCGAUACUCUUCUUUCCGAUCAAGCGACCGCUAACCGUCUCGCCUCAUCCUCUACCGCGACCGGAGAAUCUAAUCGCUAAACCUAAACCAAAAGAGGCGCCUCAAUCGCCGAAUCCCCCUGCUUCAGCUGCAUUUGAUCAGCGAUUUCGUGAUAUAACGAGUUUGUCUUCUGCUCUAUCCGCACCGAAUUUGAAUUCAUUUCACUGUAGCGAUUUGCUUAAGCGUUUGAAUCCUGGCCAAUUUGAUUCUAUUUUUUGGGAAAUUCAUAAUAAUGUUGAUCCUUCCGCCGCAUUGAAGUUCUUUUACGUUGCGGGGAACCGCUGCAGCUUUAGGUUUUCGCUUAGAUCGUAUUGCGUAUUGUUUCACUUGUUGCUUUCUAAGAAUCACGAUUCAGCUGCGCGGUUGCUCUUGAUAAGAUUGAUUGAUGGAAAGUUGCCCAUGACGUUGAGGGAUGAUGUUGGGGAUUGGCAUAGGGAGAUUGCUACUGUUUUGGCAGAUGCUUGUGUUGGUUCGGAGAGAUUUAGGGGAGGGGUGAGAGCGUUUGAUAUUUUGGCUCAUGUUUAUGUUAGUGAUCUUAAGAGCUUCGGGUUUGAUGUUGCAAUGGAUGUGUUUAGGUUCUUAGCCAGUAGAGAGUUGGUUCCAUCUGUCAGGACUUGCGUUUUUUUUAUGAGCACUCUUGUUAAGGAAGGCGAACCUGAGAAAGGCUACGAAGUUUUUACUAUUGUUUCGAAAAAGUUUUCACCAGAUGUUCACUUAUACAGUAUUGCAAUAAAUGCGCAGUGCAAAGGAGGUAAGGUUGAGGAGGCAAUUGAACUGUUUAAGCAAAUGGAGAGUAAAGGAGUUGCUCCGAAUGUUGUUAUAUAUAACAAUCUAAUGCAUGGCCUAUGUAGAAGCGGGAGACUGGAAGAGGCAUUCCAGCUUAAGGAGAGAAUGGUAGAUAAGGGGAUGCAACCAACUCAUGUUACUUAUGGUGUGCUGAUUAACAGCCUGAUGGAGCUUCAGAAAUACGGUGAAGCUGAUUGUGUCUUGAAAGAGAUGUCGAGUAAGGGGCUUAUUCCCAAUGUUGUUGUUUAUAACACAUUGAUUCAUGGAUUUUGUAAGAUAGGAAAUUUGACAAUUGCCCUGAAGUUAAAGGAUGAUAUGUCAUUACUAGGUGUUAUUCCUAAUUCAGUUACUUAUAAUACUCUCAUAAAUGGACUCUGCAAGGACAAUCAAAUAGAUUUAGCCGAGCAGUUCUUAAGAAAAAUGAUGAAAGGAGGAUUAAGUAUAAACGUAGGUACUAUACAUUCUGUCAUUCAUGGAUUAUGUAAAAACUUAAGAUUGGACUCUGCUCUUACAUACACCACGUUGAUGAUCUUUAAGAAUUUGAGGCCUGACAAUAUGUUGCUGACAACAUUGAUGAGCAGACUUUGUCAGAAUCAUAUGCAUUCAGAAGCCUUAAAGCUGUAUUAUGAUCUGCAGGCUACAGGAGUUGGUUGCAAUACAGUGACCUCAAAUGCCCUCGUUUUUGGACUUUCUGAAAUUGGUAAUGUGCAAGAAGCCAAAUCUAUCAUCAAGAGCAUGUUGGAUUGUGGUGUUAGGUUGGAUACUUUCACGUACAAUGCACUCAUCUAUGGGUGUUGCAAAGAGGAUAAGUUGGAAAUUGGCUUUAAGCUCAAGGAAGAAAUGACUGAGAAAGGAAUCUCCUCAGACAUUGUGACGUACAACAUGCUGAUAAACAGAUUAUCUAAAAAGGGUAAAAUGGAUGAAGCGCUGAUGUUGUGGCACGAAUGCCAAAGGAAUGAUCUUGUUCCUGAUGUUCAUUUAUAUGCAGUAAUGAUAGCAGGGUAUUGCAAUGGUGAAAAUUUUGAAGAGGCUAUGAAUUUCUUUGAUAUGUUACUCCAGCAGAAUAUUAAGCCGAAUUCUGUUGUAUAUAACAUACUCAUUAGAGCAUACUCUAGGGUUGGAAACAUGCCAGAGGCCUUCAAACUCUUUGAUGAGAUGAGAAGCAAAGGUAUUCCACGCACCCUGGUCACCUAUUCUUCUCUAAUACAUGGAAUGGGCAAUGUUGGCAGAGUAAAUGAAUCAACAUAUCUGUUUGAUGAAAUGAGAAAGGAUGGCUUGCAGCCUGAUGUAGUAUGUUACACUGCACUAAUUGGUGGUUAUUGUAAGCUAGGUCAGAUGAAUGAAGCAACAAGUGUCUUGCAGGAAAUGUCUUCAUUUAACAUACAGCCGAAUAAGAUAACUUAUACAAUAAUAAUCCAUGGGUACUGCAAGUUGGGUAGGACGGAAGAGGCUGCUGAGGGUCUGAAGGAAAUGCUAAGCAAAGGUAUCACGCCUGAUUCUGUGACUUAUAAUGUGCUGUCACAUGGGUUCUGCAAAGAAGGGGAUGCAAAGGAAGCUUUUGCCCUGUGGGAACACAUGUCUGAUAGAGGAAUAAAUUUAGAUGAUGUUGCACAUACUUCAUUGGUUCACUGCAUGUCCCAGCAAUCAAAGAAAGAAAACCACUAACUCUGGACUGUGAUAUUAUUGGAACUCUUACUGGAUGUCAAUUUCAGCUUUGGGACAUGCAGAUUGGAUCGUCCAACAAACCAAAAAAUAGGUCUGCCAGCAUCUGACUUCUGCCAGACUGACCUUGAGUAUUGAUUCAAUCUCAGACUCCAAUCACUUAAGUGACAGGUUUCUACAGCAGUAUUGGAGAUUGCCCAUCAACAAAGAGUGCUGACUUGAGCCACAAAUGCCACAGUGAUUGAUGAUCAUUAAGUGUACCUCGGUAAAACAAGAUUCAACAACUGUAUCAGGCUCAGAGUAUCAGCUAUGCCCAGCCAGGAUUUUGUAUACGAUAGUCGCACCAUUUUGGUGGAUGGGUUGUGCUCGAAGCUUUGAAAACAACAGUGCGAGUAUACGAAAUUACAAGUUUCAGUUGUUGGAAUCCGAUGGCAUAGCGGUUGGAAAUCUGAAACUGUAGACCAAUUAUCUGGGAGAGAGAGAAUGUAGUUGGGCAACUUAUACAUAUAUGUAUAUAAUCUGUUGAAUAUAGUAGUUGAAAUAACAGUAUCUAGUUAAGGAUAUAAUGGUCAAUAAUAGUCUUGUCCUUGAAUUUA